AUGGCCACUACACCCACCCUUCAAGAAAAUGUAGAAACAAAAAAUGCUUCAUCACCUAAUAAUACUGAAGAGGAAAAUGAGUCAAAGAAUGAAGGAGAAAGUAGAAGAAAGAGACAUAAAUCAGCUGUUUGGGCGCAUUUUGAAAGGUUGCCGUUGGACAAAACUAAUGGAGAACCCCGUGCUAAGUGUAAGUACUGCCCAAUGACAAUUGGUUGUGACUCUACAAGACAUGGGACAAAUGGAAUGAGAAAACAUGUAAAAAGAUAUCCCAGAAAUCCGAACAAAGCAAACAAGUUGGCACAGUCUUUGCUAUCAGGCUCUCAAUUAGGGUCAUCUAAAACUUUCAGCCAUCAUCUAUUUAAUCAACUAGAUUGCAGACAAGCCAUUGCUAUAUUUGUGAUAUUGGAUGAAAUGCCUUUUAAUGUUGUGGAAGGUGAUGGUUUUAAAGAGAUGAUGAGAAGGCUAGAACCUCGCUUUCAAGUCCCUUCAAGAGCGACAGUUACUAGAGAUUGCUACAAGUUAUACCUUGAAGAAGCUAGAAAGUUGAAAAGGUAUUUUAAAAAAUCUCAAAUCCGUGUUUCUCUCACUACCGAUACUUGGACUUCCAAUCAAAAUGCCAGUUAUAUGUGCUUAACUGCUCAUUGGAUUGAUGAGCAUUGGACAUAUCAAAAGCAAAUCUUGAAUUUUUGUGUAGUUGAAAAUCAUAAGGGAGAAACAAUUGCUCAAGAAAUUAAGAAAUGCUUGCUGUUUUGGAGUAUUGAUAAGGUGUUUACAAUCACGGUUGAUAAUGCUUCUUCUAAUGACACUGCUUUGGCAUCUUUAAAGGGGGUCUUGAGGCAUUGGAAUGGUUUAGUUUGUGAUGGGGAGUUCUUGCACUUGCGUUGUUGUGCGCAUAUCUUAAAUUUGAUUGUUUCUGAUGGUGUGAAGGAUAUGCACAAGUGUAUUGAAGGCAUUCGGAAUGCCAUUAAAUAUGUGAGAUCUUCUCCAUCAAGGUUUCAUAAAUUCAAGGAGCUUGUGGAAAAAAUGAAAAUUGAUUCAAGGAGGCUACUAAGCAUGGAUUGUCCAACUCGAUGGAAUUCAACUUACAUAAUGUUAGAGAGUGCAAUUAAAUUUUACAGCGUUUUUGAGAGGAUGGAGCAGCAAGAUAAUGAUUAUAGAAACUUCUUCUUAGAUAAAAAUUUGAUUGGUCCCCCUAAUGAAAAUGAUUGGAAGGAUGCAAAAGAUUUUGUAAUCUUUUUAAAGGUGUUCUAUGAUAUUACUUUGCAAUUUUCAGGAUCACUUUAUGUGACCUCAAAUGUUUGCUUUCAACAGAUAGUUGAUGUCUUUGCAGUUUUAUAUGAAAGUGCAAACAAUCAUGAUUCCUUGCUUUGUGUGGUACUUGACCCAAGGUAUAAAAUGAAAUAUUUGCAGUUUGCUUUUGAGGAUAUGUUUCCUGAGGCUACACAACGUGAAGCUAUGACAAAAAAGGUCUCAGAUGUCUUAUAUCGUUUGUAUGAUCAUUAUUCAAGUGGGGUUGACACAUCUCAGACUCAAAGUCAGAGUCAAAGUCAGACACAAGGAGCAAGUGAAAGUAGUUUGACUCAAUCACUUGGAUCAGAUCGUAGGCCUUUAACUUUCUUAAGUUCUAGGUCUAAGGCUUCAUUUCAAAGAUUUCUCGCCCAAAAAGAGACUGAGAUUCAAGCAGAUAAGUAUGCAGAGGUGGACAAGUAUUUGCAUGAUGAGUUAGCUGAAGCACUUGAUCCAAAUUUUGACAUUUUAACGUGGUGGAAAUUGAAUUCGGCUAAAUAUAAAGUCCUUUCAUUGAUUGCACGUGAUGUAUUGGCCAUGCCUGUUUCCACUGUGUCUUCAGAAUCUACAUUUAGCACAGGAGGUCGUGUAAUUGAUGAUUCUAGGAGCUCCCUAUCUCCAAAGAUGGUCGAGGCACUAAUUUGUGCCCAAAACUGGCUAUCUCCAUCAACUGCAAAAUUGAAGGGUGUUGACGUUGAUGAUUUUAACGAUACAGAGCAAGCUGUGGAAGGAAAUCUUGGUAUUUCCAAAAGCAUUCUUUUUCUUGAAUUUUUUUUCUACAUGACUAAGCAUAUUCUUAUGGGGAAGAUGGCGGCAUCACUAAUUGAGACUACAUUGUAUGAAGAAGGUCAAGAAAAAGUGGCAGGGAAGGAAUUUGAAGUGAUGGAGAAUAUGGGAAGAAUUCAAGUGCCGUUCAAAUGGAAGCAGUAUGAGUUGGAAGAUUGUAAUAAUCUUGUUGAUGUGCAUUCGGGACGUCCCGGUCCCGUCCCGAUCCCGUCCCGACUCCUUUCGGGACAGGACAACUUCCGGGACGGGACGGGACACGGGACAAAUUUUGAGUCCCGAUCAUUUUUCGGGACGGGCCACAGGACGAGGGUGUUCCGGUCCCGUCCCGUCCCGUGA